AUGAAGUAUUCCACAAUUUUCUUCUUCAUCAACUUUUUUGUAUUGAUUCACAUCGUUAAAGCGACUCGUGUGCGAAUACAUUCUAACAUUUAUACUGAUACGAGUUGCAGAGGGGAUGUAUCAAAUUUUAAAGGACAUGUGUGGUACGACACUGGUUACGUACAUUGUAAUAAUAAUUGUACAUUGAUGGAUACUUCAAAUGCACCAAAUGAGUUAUUUGAAGUUCAUGUAAGAGUGUAUAAGACUGAUCAGUGGAGAAAUUCGGAUCAUGACGUAUGUUAUGGAGUUAACGGAUAUGAAUCUAAUUGGACUCUAGAUGAUAUGGAUUGUAGUCAAUUUCCCGAUGCUCCGACUUGCGAAUCUUAG